UUCAGUAUAAAUUUCUUUUAGGAUGUGUUAGUAGUGGCCCUUUCCUUAAAAAUUAUGUAUGAAACAUUCCCAAUGGAAUGAAAUCACUUUAGUGGAAUGUUUACUGAAGAUUUAAGAAAUGUUUUAAAUAUAAAAUAAAAGAACUUGUUUAAACUUUUCUCGUUUCUUCGUUUAUGAUAGUCUCAUAGUCUUUGUGUUUUCUAUCCAAACUCCAAUACACUGUGAACUAAACAGCGCAAAACUCAAUUUUAUAAGGUGUUGUAAAACCGCCGCGGAAAAUGAAUCGGUUUUUUGUGAAGCGGACACUACACCCUGUCACCAGAGGCCUCCUCCGUCCAGCUGGGCUCUUCGGAAGAGCAUCCUGCGUGAGAAACUGCUGCUGCAAGGACGAGUACGCCUUGACCGAUCACAAGUACGAUGCCAUUGUGAUCGGAGCCGGCGGAGCGGGAAUGCGGGCGGGUUUCGGACUGGCGGAGAAGGGUUUCAAGACGGCGAUGAUCUCCAAGCUCUUUCCCACCCGAUCCCACACGGUCGCCGCCCAGGGCGGUGUGAAUGCGGCGCUCUCGAACAUGGACAAGGACGACUGGAAGUACCACUUUUACGAUACGGUGAAGGGCAGCGACUGGCUGGGCGAUCAGAACGCCAUACACUACAUGUGCCGCGAGGCGGAGAAGGCGAUCUACGAGCUGGACUCGUACGGAAUGCCCUUCUCGCGGAACCCGGACGGCAAGAUCUACCAGCGACCUUUCGGCGGGCAGACCUUGGACUACGGAAAGGGGGGAGUGGCGCGGAGGGCGUGCUCAUGCGCAGAUCGCACGGGUCACGCUCUCAUCCACACGCUCUACGGACAAACGCUGAAGCACUGCGAUAAAUGCCACUACUUUGUGGACUACUUCGUCCUCGAUUUGAUCAUGUCGGAGGGCAGUUGCGUGGGCUGCUUGGCCUGGAAGCUGGACGAUGGCACCUUACAUCGUUUCCUGGCCAAGAACACAGUGGUUGCCGCCGGCGGUUGUGGCCGGGUUUACUUCUCCACCACCGCGGGACACACGUGUACGGGUGAUGGCAACGCUUGGGUCUCCCGGCAGGAGCUCCCCCUCAUGGACAUGGAGUUCGUGCAGUUCCACCCGACGGGCAUUUACGGAGCAGGCUGUCUGAUCACCGAGGGAGUUCGCGGAGAGGGAGGCUUCUUCCUGAAUUCCAAGGGAGAGCGGUUCAUGGAACGAUACGCCCCCAAGGCCAAGGACUUGGCUUCCAGGGAUGUGGUGGCUCGAGCCAUGACCAUGGAGGUCCUGGCCGGCAAUGGCUGUGGUCCCCUCAAGGAUCAUGUGCACCUGCAACUCCAUCACAUCGAUCCCAAGAUUAUCAAGACGCGAUUGCCGGGUAUUCUCGCCACUGCCAAGAUUUUCGCCAAAGUGGAUGUGACCAAGGAGCCAGUGCCGGUUCUGCCCACGGUGCACUACAUCAUGGGUGGGAUACCAACGGACUACAGAGGACGUGUGGUCACCAUGGACGAGAAUGGAAAGGAGCAGGUGGUCAAAGGACUCUACUCCUGCGGAGAAACAUCCUGUGCCUCGGUUCAUGGCGCCAACCGAUUGGGAGCCAACUCCCUUUUGGAUUUGAUAAUCUUCGGCAGGGUUUGUGCCUCGGACAUUGCCGAAAAUAGUUGUCCGGGGGAUGAGACGCCCUGCGUGGAAGACAAGGCGACGGACAAGUCGCUGGAUAAUUUCAAAUGCCUGCGAAAUGCAAAUGGUUGCACGCCGACUUCCGUUUUGAGGCUGGAACUUCAGAGGACGAUGACCAAACAUGCGGCUGUUUUCCGGGAGGGAAAACUCCUCAAGGAGGGACUGCUGAAAAUCGCCGAGUUGCACGAGCAGUUCAAGGACAUCAAGGUCACCGAUCGCACGCUCGUUUGGAACACAGAUCUUAUCGAGACUUUGGAACUGCAGAAUAUGCUGGCGAAUGCGGUGCACAUAAUCACGGCCAUGGAGAAUCGCAAGGAGUCGAGGGGAUCGCAUUCUCGCGAGGAUUUCAAGACGCGCCUGGACGAACUGGACUACGGAGCUCCGAUGGAGGGACAGGAAAAGAAGCCCAUCGAGAAUCACUGGCGCAAACACACCUUGACCUUUGUCCUCGGAGGCAAGGGAUGCGCCUCGGUCAAAUAUCGACCGGUGAUAGACGACACUUUAGACGACUCGGUGGCCACCAUUCCACCAGCUCCACGAACAUACUGAAUUCGAUUAGGUUUACUUUAACAUUUGUGGAUUAAUCAACACUAAAAUUUAUAAUGCAAAAUAAUAUGUCUGAUAUUUCCUACUACUUUAAGAACAUUAAUAAAACUAGUAUGUACUUACCUCAGCAUUAAA